AUGGCAGACUUCGGAGAGAUUCUCAGGAACAUCGGAGAAUUUGGAUUAUUCCAGAAGAUAAAUCUAGUUGCACUUUGCUUUCCAAAUUUCAUUCAGUAUUUUACCAUUGCAAGUUUAAUUUUCAUCGAGCCGGAUCCAGUGCGACGCUGUAACACAGACUGGAUCCUCAGUGCUGGUCCCAACCUGACCACAGAGGAGCAGCUGAACCUGACUCUGCCCCGAGAGGAUGAUGGGAGCUUCAGCAGGUGCCAGAUGUUCGUCCCUGUGGACUGGGACAUUGAUGCCAUCAGGGAAUAUGGACUCAAUGAGACCACCAGGUGCCUGAAUGGAUGGGUGUAUGGAAACAUGCUGUAUGAGACCACCAUAAUCACCGAUUUCGAUCUGGUUUGUGGUCGGGGUAACAUGGUGCAGUUGUUACAAUCACUGUUCAUGUCUGGACUUGUUGUUGGUUUUCUCAUUUUUGGACCUUCUGCUGAAUCGUUCGGUCGCAGACGAGCAACUCAAAUUCCAGCAGUUUUAAUUUUUGUAUUCUCGGUGACGACAGCACUGUGCCCCAAUGUCUACCUGUAUUUAGCUUCUCACUUCUUGGUGGGAGUUGGAGCUGGAGGAUAUCGAGUCAACUGUAUUGUACUGAGCACUGAAUGGAUUGGGGCAUCCAAAAGAUCAUGGGGAGUAGGUUUGACUCAGCUGUUUGGUGCAAUCGGACAGUGCGCCCUCGCUGGUUUGAUCUACCUCGUCCGAAACUGGAGACUGGCUCAACUCAUCUCAACAGCUCCCUUUGCAUUGGUUGUUAUGUACAUAUGGUUCAUUCCAGAGUCAGCCAGGUGGCUGUUAAACAGAGGGAGGACAGAAGAGGCUAAAAAGCUCAUUGUCAAAGCAGCAGCCAUUAACAAACGCCCCAUCCCGGACUCUAUGCUGAAUGAGGUACUGAACCACUGCAUCAUGUUUUCACUGAACCUUUCCAUCUUCGCCCUGUAUUUCGGCAUCGGAAACUUGGGCUUGAGCGUCUUCCUGACACAGCUCCUUUUUGGUGCUUUUGAAGUACCGUCUACUCUGUCGUCCAUUUGGCUGCUGGAGAUUUUUGGGAGGAAAAUAUUAUUCAUAGCAGUCCUUAUGAUCGGAGGAGUCUGUUCCAUGCUUAUCCUCGCUGUUCCCCAAGGUUAUUCUGUUGCUGUUACAUGUUUAGCCGUCGCAUCACGAUUUUUCAUGAUAUUUGCGGGUUCUGUGUGUGCUGUCUACCUGCAGGAGUUGUUCCCCACAUCGGUUAGACAAACAGCCACAGCUUUAGGAUCCAUCGCGGGAAGAAUCGGCUCCAUCGUGGCCCCACUGUUGAACAUGUUGGCCGUGUACCACUGGGUCAUACCCAUCGCAGUCCUCAGCAGCAUUAACCUAAUCAGUGGCGCUCUCGGCCUCCUGCUUCCUGAGACCAGAAAGAAAGAGCUUCCGGAAUCAGCCGACGAGGCCGAGAGAAACAGAAGUCAGACUACCCCGAGGAACAAAAGUCUGUCAGACAAACCUCCACAAAGCACGACAACCAGGCUGUAG